AACCUAUAUAAGGUGAAGCAUGGAUCUUUAUUAUGUAGGAGGAAGGCAGGCUUUCAAAUAGAAGCUAUGGAAGUGCAGCAAGUUCUUCACAUGAAUGGUGGAGCUGGCGAGACCAGCUAUGCCAAUAACUCAACACUCCAGGAAAUAGUCAUAUUCAAGGUCAAAACCAUAGUGGAAAGGAGCAUAACAGACCUCUACUGCACCACCUUCCCGAAGAGCUUGUGCAUUGUAGACAUGGGUUGUUCAUCAGGGCCCAAUACAUUGCUGGCCAUCUCUAAUAUUAUGGAAGCAGUGGACCAGAUACGACGUCAUCUGGGCCGUUCAUCGCCCGAGUUCCGAGUGUUCUUAAAUGACCUUCCAGGGAAUGACUUCAACAACAUUUUCAAGUCCUUGGCAGGCUUCUAUGAGAAACUCAAACAAAACAAUGGGCCUGAUUUUGGGCCAUGUUUCAUCGCCGGAGUGCCCGGGUCCUUCUACAGCAGGCUUUUUCAGACGAAGAGUCUGGACUUUGUUCACUCCUCUUAUAGUCUGCAUUGGUGCUCUCAGGUUCCUCCGGCACUAGAGAAUGGAUUAAACAAAGGUAACAUCUACAUAGCCAAUGACAGCCCUCCCGCUGUGAUUAAAGCUUACUGGGAGCAAUAUGAGAGCGAUUUCUCAUUGUUUCUAAAGUUGCGGUCUGAAGAAGUGAGGUCCGGCGGGCGUAUGGUCCUAACGAUCAUAGGCCGGAAAAGCCCAGAUCCAUCAAAGGGAGAGUGUUGUCAUCUUUGGAAACUAUUGGCACAAGCACUCAUGAGCAUGGUGUCACAGGGAAUCAUCAAAGAAGCCCAAGUGGAUUCUUUCAAUCUUCCCCUCUACACACCUUGUAUUCAAGAACUAAUGACUGUGAUUGAAAGCGAGGGAUCGUUCCAUCUAGACGGACAUGAAGUUACCGAAAUAAAUUGGGAUCCUAAUGACAAUGACAAUAAUGAAGGCUUUGUGUUCGAUAAAUUUACAAGCGGGAGGAAUGCGGCAAAGAUCAUAAGAGCUGUGGCAGAAUCCAUGCUCGCAAAUCACUUUGGAGAGGCAAUAAUAGAGGAUUUGUUUAAGAAGUAUGAAGAGAAUGUGGCGGAGCACCUGGCCAAGGAGAAGACUAAGUAUGUCAAUGUUACGGUGUCCAUGACUAAGAAAUGAAUGGAGACGUGCACGUGAUUUAUGGUUAAAUAAUUGAGUGGAGCUUCGUGUAUCCCACCCAACUUGUAAUAGCUCUAUUUUUAAAUUCUGAGAGAAAGGUACUAUUUGUUCAA